AUGAGGUCGUCGAGCAUUCGAGGCGGUGGUGGUUACCAGCAAGGGGGUUCCUCUUAUUCGGAAAAUCCUUACGGCUACAGCUCUGGACACCAGCAGCAGCAGAGUUACUCCUCUUCGUACGGUGCAGCCGGAAACUAUCAGUCCGGAGAUUCGGGUUGGAAUCGAGGAUCAGGGGCAAAUGCUCAGAACAGUGGAACCUAUGGUCAAGGCGGAUAUGGACAAGGAACCGGAUAUGGCCAGAGCGGUGGUUAUGGCGGUCAAACAAGUUCCAGUGCUUAUGAUCGAGGUGGAUAUAGCGGAAACACUGCCGGAACUGUCGCAGCGACCACCACUGCACAGCAUAAUCAUCCGCCGUACUAUGGUGGUGGUGGUCACGGAUCAUAUGAUCAUUAUGGGGGUGAUACUGGUGCUGGUGGUGGUGGUGGUGGAUAUCAGCAUCAAAAUGGAUACCUUGGAGGUGGCUCCUCUCAACUUCACCAUCAGCAGCAGCAGCAGCAGCAACACAUAUCAUCGUCUAGUGGAUAUCACAGCGGUGCGACACAUCAGGUCGACCCACACUACCACACUACUACACCUUAUCAGCAGCAGCAGCAAACACAACAACAGCAACAGCAGCAACCUUACGCCUCAACCUCCUCCUCUUCGUACCCUUAUCAACAGCAGCAGCAGCAACCGCAAUCGAGUACCAGCCAGUACCAGCAAUCGAGUGGAAUGGGCUCCUCAACAUAUCAAUCGUCCACCUAUGGGCAAUCACAGCAAUCACAACAGCAGCAGCAGCAGCAGCAGGGAAUGGGCGGCAAACAGGCGGCCAUGGGCGCCAUACCGUACAACGCCAACAACGCCGCACUGGCCGCCGUCUCUUCGACAAUGGGCGGAGGCGGCAGCUCUUCAAUGCCACCGCCGCCCAACAGUCUGGCGCUAAAGUCAAUUGGAGGCGCCGGCGGUGGACCACUUCCGCCGGCAAAGAACCCUUUUGGCAUCGGCGGCCCCUACGGCCUGGACGCCUCUAACCUCGACUACUACCGAAAACUAUACUAUCCUUACGACCCCAUUACCGGGGAGUACAUGAAAGAUGCGACGCCGCCAACGGAAGGAGCUGGAGGUCUUCGACCUG